CUUCAGGACCUCCCUUUUUAUGGAAAAACAUGAAAGUAGCAACAACGACUAAAACCGCUGAAAAGACCAAUUGUUCGCUAAAAACACAAUCCCAUCCCAAGUCUGGCGGUUGACGACUGAGAUUUUGAUGUUUUGUUGAAUUCUGUUAAGUUUUUCAUGUUUGGUUUAGCGUUGAGUUGAGUAGCGGGAACGAAGAAGAUCUGAGGAACAUGUUUCCACUGAAGGCGUGUUGAAGAAGCUGCAAGAUGGCUACGUUGUGACGUCACCGUGAGGUGGAAGCACUUACUUUGACUUUAAGUCAAUCUUUCUUAGAUGUGGUCUGCUUCAGGUUUUGAUGGAAGAAACACAAAAGGAAGGCACUGAGGGGAGCUUGGAUUCCUUUUUAAUCAGGUAGUCCGUACGAAGGGUCAAUGAGGACCGCAGCCGAAGAAUCACCGAACAGCAGCAGCGCAGGAGGCGGAAAUAGUACCGUCCUGCAACGUCUCCUGCAGGAGCAGAUGAAUCGGAGUUUUGUGAUGCAGCAACAGCAAGGAGGAGCAGGACCUGGAUGUGGAGGGCACGGGCAGGGUGGUCCAUCCGAAGACCAUUCCAUGACCCCCCACAUUGCCCGGCAGGAGCCCCAGGGACAAGAGCUACAGACAGACAGCUUGGAGAAGUUGGGGUCCAGAGUAGUAGGAGGUUGUGGAAGCAACGGAGGGGGAGUUGGUUCAAUAGCUGGUGCAGGUGGAAGCAGUAGAUGUGGUUCAACUACCCAGGGUCUGUGCCUAAAUCUGGAGGAACUGCCUACUUACGAGGAAGCAAAGGUUCAGUCACAAUAUUUUCGUGGUCAUGGCCCACCUCCUCAGCUUCAGCAACAGAGCAACCAGUCCCAGCAGGCCUCAAUCCCAACCUCAGGGGGAGCUGCCUUUUAUGUCACUGGGGUAACGGAUUCCAAAAUGCGCACAGAAGGUCGGCCCACCGUGCAGCGUGUUAACGGGGCAGUGAAGGUUCUCCAAGAUGAUGGACUGAAGGACCUAAAACAAGGUCACGUUCGAUCUCUAAGCGAACGACUAAUGCAGCUGUCCUUGGCCACGAGUGGUGUUAAGGCACAUGCUCCUGUCAUCAGCUCUUCACUGUCACCCCAGCUGUCCCCUGCAGGGCAGCCAGGUGAUUACUACAAGCCCCAGCAUCGGGGCCCACCUCCAGACUACCCCUUUAAAGGAAUGAACUUACCGACUAUGCAGCAAGAGACUGGAGGUCCUUUCUAUCAGGAACAGUCCAGGGAAGUGCCCCAUGUCCGAUAUCAGCCCCCACCAGAGUAUGGCUCAUUUAGAUCCAGUAAGGACGGUUCAGGCACGUUCCAAAAAUCCCUUCACCAGCACAGCCCCACCUCUUCUGUCACUUCUGUUGGUUCUUUGUCCCGCGCCCAGUCUUCUACUUUCUGUAGCGUUCCUAGUGUUUCCCACUCCUCUCACCCUUCUUUCCUGCACCAACAACCACACAGUCAGGGUCAGACCUUGCCCAGAAUGGGUCUUCGCAAUCUACAGGGUUUUGUUUCCCAUCAGGUAGGGGAGCCUUUCACCCCCCUGUCUAUGAACCCAACACCACAAAGAUGCCAUGGUUUCCCCAACAGCCCCUACAGCUCCACACCACGGAGUUACAACAAACAGCAACAAAAUCCUCCAUAUCAACUGCAGCAUUUCCAAGGGCCGCUCCCUCCCCAGGGUCAGCCCUUUGUUCCCCCUGGACAUUUCCCCCAUCUGCAUUCUUACUCAAACCUGCAGGGAGAGUCCUUUGCGAUGAUGACACAAGCUCAACAGAGGGUGAAUGUGCUCACCGAUGAGAACAGAACUCUGAGGCAGGAAAUGGAGGCCUGUCGUGAGAAAGUCAUCAAGCUGCACAAGUUGGAAACAGAAAUACAGCUGGUGUCAGAGGCUUACGAAACCCUCGCUAAGUCUUCCUCCAAGAGGGAGGCCCUGGAGAAAACAAUGAGGAACAAGCUAGAAUUGGAGGUCCGACGGCUGCACGACUUUAACAGGGACCUCCGAGAGCGCAUGGAGACAGCCAAUAAGCAGAUGACUGCUAAAGAGUGUGAUGACUCCGAAGAAAACCUGAAGACCAUAUCCCAGCUGCUUUCACAAAACAAAGAGACGAUAUGUGAGAAGGAAAAAGUAGAAAUGGAACUGAAUGCACUGCGCUCCAUCACAGAGGACCAGAGGAGGCACAUUGAAAUUAGGGACCAGGCUCUUAACAAUGCCCAAGCCAAAGUGGUCAAGUUAGAGGAGGAGCUGAAGAAGAAGCAAGUCUAUGUGGAGAAGGUGGAGAGAAUGCAGCAGGCUCUUGCUCAGCUGCAGGCAGCCUGUGAGAAGAGAGAACAACUUGAACAUCGACUUCGUACAAGACUCGAGCGAGAGCUGGAAUCACUACGCAUGCAGCAGCGCCAAGGAGGCACUCAAAACAAUGGUGUGGUCCCGUCAGAGUACAGUGCCACUGCACUAAUGGAGCGCUUAAGGGAGAAGGAAGAGCGCAUCUUGGCUCUGGAGGCUGACAUGACCAAGUGGGAGCAAAAGUACUUGGAGGAGAGCGUCAUGAGGCAGUUCGCCCUGGAGGCGGCGGCUUCUGUCGCUACUCAAAGGGAUACAUCUAUAGCAAUGUUGAGCCAUUCCCCCAGCAGCAGCUACGACACGUCAGUAGAGGCUCGCAUUCAAAAAGAAGAAGAAGAGAUUCUAAUGGCGAAUCGGCGCUGUUUGGACAUGGAAAGCAGGAUAAAGAACCUCCAUGCCCAGAUAAUAGAGAAGGAUGCUAUGAUCAAGGUGCUGCACCAACGAUCCAAGAAAGAACUAAUCAAGUUGGAUGUGCCUCCAACAAUGAGGCCCUCUAAGUCUCUGAUGUCCAUUUCUAAUACUGGAUCUGGUAGCUCAGGACUGCUCUAUCAUAGCCUUGGACUUAGUAGCUCACCCAUCACUGAAGAACGCAAAGAUAGCAACUGGAAAGGCAGCUUGGGGGUUCUGCUGAGUCCUGAAUUUCGCACAGACUCUCACAGAACCGAGUCGAUAUCAUCAUCUCCUUCCCCGGUGUUUUCUUCCACGCAAAUGGCAGCAGUCCACUCAAAGACAGGCAGCAGAGAUAGCUGCACGCAGACCGACAAGAAUCCCAGCCAGGACACCAGCAAGCCCGGCACCCCAGCCCUUCAGAGCAUGACGCUACCAAGCAGAUUGUCCAGCCCGAGCCCCAACUACAUUCAUGACCGUGGACUUGACGGUCCAGUAUUUCACUGCAGCACUCUGGAGCGAAGGGUCCCUGCCCCGUCCCACUCACAGCAACACCACCCAGCCACACCCCCCCAACAGGAAGUGGACAAAGAAAUGAUGGAAAUUCUCAUCUAAACCAAUUAAUUUUAUCCAAAUGAAUGAAUAUGUGGCAGCUUGAUAUGAACACAAUAUACACGGUAAAGUUCAUGCAUACAGUAUGCUGUCAGUUUGCACACGUUCCCUUCAUUCUUCAGUUUGUUAUUGAUGAUAAGAGAAUGCAUUAAAACGCAGCGUUGUGUCAAUCAAAAACAUAGAAAAGACAACUAAGAAAACAUUUGAACUUAAAUGUCCUCUUAUUAGCAAGCACUGAGCUACAAUCUUCUUUCCUCGCAAAGAUUGAAUGACUGCAAUCAAACCAGCUUUUCUUUAACAAGCGUCUUAAGUCAUUAUCUGGUUAAACCAUGAAUAAUAAUUUAUGUUUACAUUUAUGUGAUGUUAUAUAAUAUUUACAUAUUCAGUGUUACAACCCAGUGUAACGUUGUUACAACAGUGUUAUAAAUGCAAAUAAAUGUAACAAAAGUUGAGAAUACAACUGCUUUUUGAAAGGAUUAAUUUUGAAUUUCCAUCCAUGGUAUAUUUUGUGGGUGGUAGAAAAUGCUUUCUUUGCUCUUUUAACACAACCAAUGUACGCAUCAUGCAUGCUGUGAACACAUCAACCCACCACUAGGUAAUGUUUUUUCUUCUCGUUAUUGUACAUCACAUAUACGGGGUAACACCAAAAGGUAUAAAACACUUGUUUUAAUGUUGGCCCAACAUAAUAUACGAUAUGUAACAACCAUUACAACAUCAACUCUACAUAGACAAGAACGCUUGAUCAUGUUUAUGAGGUUUUAACAGGAAAUGUUUAAAAAAAUAUUUUAUUUAACAAACUUGAAUCCCUUUUCACCAACCAGAAGAAAUUCUGACCCCCACAAACUGUUUGUGUCCAUUAAGCAAACAAAGUAGUAAUGUUUCUUUAAUAAAGUACUCCAAAAAACUUGCCUAUGAGGUCAAUUACAGCUAUAACUCUUAUAAAUGGUAAUCUUUUGCUAAAACUAUACUUUAAUAUCGCACUUGACCACCCUACAUGUUAAACUGCAUGAAAGUACAUGUAACAACUACUGUAUACAGGGCAUAGAAUACUUGUAUAAUGAAUAUGUGCAGAGACUUAAUAUUUUGUAUGCAUUCAUAUUCGGUCUAUGAAGAAAUGUUGAAGUAAACGAUCAAUCUUGCAACAA